AUGACAACCACAACCGAUGAAAAAGUCGCCGAAGAGACGUAUAAGAAGCUGUGCGACGAGUUCCCGGACUGUCCGGGAUUGUACUCCGCCAGACUGCAGAUGUUGUUCAUGAAACCGGAACGCAAUGUUCUGGAGAUUCGAAAGGCCGCAAUGAGAAUGUUGAAGAUCGUCGACGUUGACGAGGUUUUCAAAUUUUUGGGAAAUGGAAGUCAGCACGACAUGAACAAAGUUAAGAAUGAAGAGUAAGCUAAGAUUAAGCUGGAUUAAAGUGCCGCACUUUCUAUCACGUCUGGUUGGAAAAAUUACGCUUGCAUUUGCAGAAAGAUGAAAGAAAAAGUCGCUCUUCUGAGCACGACCUACGGCAUCCUCGUGGAAACCUUAAUGGACGACUACCUCUCGAAAUCCUCAAAGACUUCCCCAGCUGAAUUCAAAAACAAUUUUCAAUUUGAGCCAGACCUGGGAUUCAACGAGGCUCCCGUUCAGAACGAAGGAAUCUGGGGACAGAAGGAUGGCCAACUUGAACACAGCAAAAGUUCCACAAAUCAAAUCGAAAAUGGGGCCAAAUCGGCUUCAGAGAGACGAAAGGGGAAUUUCCCAAACUUUGGAACAAUCGCCAAUGUCAUUGUAAAGUUAGAAGAGGCUAAACGAAGAGCAAAGAUUUUUGAUGGAAAAGCAGAGGGAACGCCUGCAAAGGUGAGCAAAAGAUAAUGAAAAGAGCAAGUGCGACGGACAAAUUUUCCUGUAAUACAAGGCAACAUAACUAUUCGACCUAUAGCCCUUUUGAAAGUUUAUGGCAUAGAGAACAUCAAGACUAAUCCGUAUUUUACAUUUUGAUUUUUCGACCAAAUUAUCGACCAUUUUUCAAAAACAAAGUUCUACUUCUAGUCCGUUCGUAAAGUCGCUGCAGUAAUUUUUGGCGUUUGCAUUGUGCAGGAAAAGUCAUGGUGCGGGUGAUAGCCCAAAAAAGUAGCCGUAUUUACCCCACAAAAAUAUUUUUAUUUAGAAGUCCCCUGCAACCGAGAUGCAAGAAAAAUCGAUUACUCUUCCUGCUGAAGAUUUCACAGUUCUGCCGGCGCCGCCCAAACAGAAUGUAGACGAAGACCUGGCUGAAAUCGACCGGCUCAUGGUUGAAUACAGUAAAUUCCCGCCCAAUCCACAGGACCUGGGGAUCUUGUCGAUCAAACAAAGUGUUUGCCAUGAGAAUUACGGGCUGGCCCUCGAUGACUUGACCGGGAUUCUGAGGAAACAAAAAUGCCAACGAGCCUUCAAAGCGGCGAUCCAGGUAUGGCAUACUGUAAAAAAUCAAAAAAUUCGGAUGGCUUUUCUUUGCAGAUUGCCGACAUUCUCGGAUGGACACAUCUCGCCGACCAAUGGAGAGACUCAUACAUCGCAAGAUACUGCAUUCCGAAAAGAAAUUUUUAG